UCAACCGUAGUGAUUGUGAUCGUGAAUCCAGUGUGAACUGUUUGAUAACUUUAUGGAAACGCGGGUCAGACACUAUUUGAAAUCGUUUAAGUUGUUUGUUAGCGUUAAAAAUCACCUGCGUCCACACGAGACUACAAACGAAAGCAGCGAAGCUAGCAGAUGAUUAAAGUCAGAUAAGUUAGCCGAGCUAACUAGCUAGCUUGAAACAUGCCGAAUUUUUGCGCGGCCCCAAACUGUACACGGAAGAGCACGCAGUCAGAUUUGGCGUUCUUUCGGUUUCCAAGGGACCCAGAAAGAUGCCGAAUCUGGGUAGAGAACUGCCGCAGAGCAGAUUUAGAGGCAAAAACGUCAGACCAGUUGAACAAGCACUACAGAUUAUGUGCUAAACAUUUCGACCCAGCAAUGGUGUGCAAAACAAGUCCCUAUAGGACUGUAUUGAAGGAUACAGCCAUUCCAACGAUAUUCGAUCUGACAAGCCAUCUAAGAAAUCCUCAUACCAGACAUCGCAAGAGGAUUAAAGAACUUACUGAAGAAGAUAUAAGGAGGAUCAAAGAAAGGAGAUUAGCAUCUUCUGUUGAACAGCUUGCCUCCAAAAAAGAUGCAGCGGUUGAGAAUAGCACGAGCACCAACGAGGAUGAACCUCAGCUGUCCACAGAGGAGAAGGAGUUUCGUGAAUACUUGCGAUCCUUGUUUGAGGUUGUGGUUAUGUUGGGGAAACAGAGUAUCCCAUUAGUUGCUGGUAAAGAUGAACAGAUGUCCAACAACUUCCAGGCCCUUCUAAAUUACCGCAUGAACGCUGGAGACGAAGCUUUGAGGAAGCGUUUUCAGGCGACAGCUGUGAACAAAGAAUACCUCUCCGCAACCCAACAGAGCCAGCUGUUGGACGUCUGCGAGAACACGGUGAGAGAGGAGAUGCUAAUGGAGGUGAGAGAGAGUCGCUUCUUCUCCUUAGUGACGGGUGACCUGGUUGAAUUUUCCAAUGAGAAACACCUGCCUCUAUUUUUACGCUUUGUGAACCAGCACAACGUCCUCCGAGAGGAGUUUUUGGACUUUAUGUCGUUUGAUGGUGAUGAGGCGGCGCUGGUAGAGAGGCUCGAGGAUCAGCUGACUGACCGUUGGGGACUCAGCUUGGAGGACUGCCGUGGUCAGGCCCACAAGGCCACUGGGACAUCCACCACCAAGAUGAAAGCUGUGGCGGUGUUACUGAUGGAUAAGUAUCCCCUGGCGUUGAACAUGCCUUGCUCUCACAUGGCACUGAACAUCCACCUAGCAAGUAGUUUGCCUUUUCCCAACGUCCAGGUCGUCAUGGAGACUCUGAGGAGGAUUGGUGCUUUCUUUAGAACUCCAUAUACGCAGGAUGAGCUGGAGCGAGCGGUCUAUACUUACUACCAGAAAAAUGAGGAGAAAGGAGCCACAUUAAAACAAGCCUGUGGGCCCGGAUGGACAGAGCGGCACAAUGUCUUCGAUGUGCUUCUGGAUAUGUUGCCGCCUUUGCUGCUGUGCAUGGACAACAUUCGGGACAACAAUGAUGGAAAGUUUGCCUACUCUGUCACUGCAGAUGCAUAUUCAGUCACAGAAACUCUGUCAGACUUUGAGGUCAUCGUCACUAUCGUCAUUUUAAAGAAUGUCCUGACGUUCACCAGAGCCUUUGGAAGGAACCUCCAAGGAGAAACACUCGAUGUGUUUUUUGCAGCCAACAGUUUAACUGCUGUCUUGCAUUCACUAAACGAAGUCAAUGACAACAUUGAUGUGUACCAUGAAUUCUGGUAUGAGGAGGCUGUGAGCAUGGCCAAUGUCAUGGAGAUUCCCGUGAAGGUGCCGAGGCUGUUUCUCAGGAAGCAGCGUGCAGCCGAUGUGGGUGAAAUCCAAGCAGAGGCGUAUUUUAAGGAGUACGUGACCGUCCCUGUUAUCACUGGCAUCAUGCAGGAGGUGGAGGACAUGUUCUCCGAGACCAACCUCAAAGCUCUUAAGUGCCUGUCACUGGUCCCAGCUGUUAUGGGCCAAAUGAAGUUCAACACCACCGAGGAGAACUAUGCAGAUGUUUACCGCAACGACCUCCCAAACCCAGAGACGCUCCCUGCAGAGCUCCACUGCUGGAGGAUCAAGUGGAAGCACCGGGGCAAAGAGGUGCGCCUGCCCACCACCAUUCAUGAAACCCUUCAGCUGCCAGACGUCAAGUUCUUCCCCAACGUGAACUCCUUCCUCAAGGUGCUCUCUGCCCUGCCAGUGCUCAAACUAGAGGACAACAAAAGUGACACAGCAAGCGAGCGGCUGCAAGCUUAUUUUGACAGCAUGCCGGCAAAGCAGUGGAACAAAAGCCUCGCGAUGCUUAACGUUAACACUCACGUCAAACACGACUUGGACGUCAUGGUAGACAAAUAUUGCAGACUCUAUCCAGAGGACGAUCCUGAGGCUGAGACUGAGGCUGAAGAAGAUGUUGCGAUGUGAUUAAAUGAGGCAACACAGACACCGAGUGUGCUUAGCUCUUUUGGGACAGAUUUGAAUGAAACAUUAGUUGUCAGUCACAAACACAUCCUUCUUUCUUUGCUCAUGUGUGCAUACAUUAGUGUACAUAUACCUGGACAUAAAUAUAUCUGAAUUAAUGCAGUUAUUAAAGGAAUACUUCACCCACGAAAUGAGCACUGAUAAAUUAGUUAGUCAUGGCGUGUUACUAGGGCUGUACCCAACUCAGAUUUAUUCCAGCUGAAUGGGAUUUGGAUGUUCAAUGCGAAUACUCAAUGAUUUGUUGUCCAUACGAAGUUUUAACGGUGCUCCAAAGGAUGUUCAGUGUGACAUCUGCGUUCUCGUAAUAUAGUAAACAAGCUAACUGCGCUAACAAGUGGUUGUAAAUUUGCAACAUUUUUUGAUGACACAAGAUAUUAAACAAAAGCCAAAUUCCCCACUACUAAGUAGAAGGUCUUUCCUCUCUACCCCUCUGUGCCACUGCCUACAUGUCAGCAGUUCCCAGCUCCCUGUACCAAAGAGUAGCACGAAUAUCAUGACCACUCACUCCUGCAGCAAAAUCUGGGGACCAAAAUGUCCUCAGAAGUACACUGCAUGGAAAAAAGUAACUGCUCAUCUUGAAGCAGUCUUAAUCAACUGAGGGUCUCCGACUAAUGAUUAAAACCUCCAACUUACAAGGGGCAGCCUUACAUUUUACUUUGCACACCUCUAUGGAAAACCACUGAGGUAUUUGUUACCUAAUUUAGUGGGGACUGUGUUAAAUGGCAAAUCUAUGUCAAAGCAUCCUCUUUCAAACUCUCACACAACAUCCAAGUCUCUUGUAUCCAGCUGUAUAUUCUGUACUUACACACACAUACAUUUUUGCAAAAAACAAACAGACAAACAAACAAAAAAAAAACCAGUUACGUAUUGCAGCCAGGCUUUCAAAAGAGCAUAAGUUUCAGUUCAGACCUAAGAAGUAAGUUGGGGUUUUUUUGUAGAUGAAACCACAUAUUUGGGAAGUACUGAGCACAUGACUUGAUAAGUAAUACUUGGAUUAUACUGUACAGGUUGUGUUUUUAAAUAGUUUUGCUGUUGUUAAACAUCAUCCGCAAUCAGUCAAUCAGUAGGGUUGCUAUUUCUCAUGAAGGCAUACAAGGAAAAACUAUUUUUGUUUUUAUUUUUUUAUUCACAAAUUCAAGGUAACACUGUACUACUUGUUGAAAUUGUCAUUUUGCUAGUGAAGUAUUUCUUUAAGAGGUAAUGGAUGCCAGUUGUGUUAAGUCCAUGAGGUUUCCCAGAAAAAAAUAAAAGACUCUUGUGCUUAUUGUAUGCUGUAAAACGGAAUGCAUUGUAAAUAAUCAAAUAGGGAGAAAACAUUAAAUUACCACAUGGAGACUAAAAAAAAAAUCCAGAAAUGUAAGACAAUGUCAAGGCCAAGGGCAUGACCUGUAAAAAUCCUAAUCAGACUUAAUAGUUUUAUUUUGUUUCAUUUUUGGGAGAAGGCUUUUCUGCAGAAAUUACCUCCAAAAAUGGCUGUCAGCUUUUCAUUAUUGUGUGAUUUAAUUCACAUGAUGGAGGCAAGUGUUGAUCUACAGCACAUUGAUUUUUUUCCACUGACUAUGAAGCAGGAAGAGCACAAGAGGGAGCAGUUACACCAAUAUCAGAAGUAUCCCUGAAUGCAUGCUCAAUGGGAAGACAAUUUUACAGACAAAGAGCUCACACUGCUUGAUUGUCAAUUUUUUUGGAUAGUUAAAAAUGCUAGUAUGUUGAAAGUUCACAUUUUUAAAGGGUAACUUUAGAUUGAAAUAACCUUUGCUCAAAUCCAGAAAGAAAAUGUAGGAAAUGAAACACUGCUCUGGAUGUAGCAGUAAUAGUAUGUUAUUGUGAACAUUAUUUAUGGCAAGAUGGUUCUUUUUUACUGCAACACAAAAAGUUCAUUCAACUUGUAAGAUUUAGACACUUUUGCAAUCUGUUUUCAGUUUGAUUUAAUAAAAAAUUAUUUGUACA